AUGCCGUUUCUGUUGCGAAUAACACUAUCUCGUGUCUACCGAAAAAAAGGCGACGAAUGGUUUGGAUGGGAAAGAAGGAAUAAGUCGCGCAAAAAGCGUCGCGCCAUUUUGCCAUCAGACUCGUCGUCCGUCUCUCCUAAAACUUGUCAGUGUGGGAGCCCUUCUAUUGUUGACAAUGAAAAGAAAGAAAGAAAAUCGAGAAUUGAGAGGGAAUAUCAGGUAUUGGAGAGAAUCUUGAUUAUCACAAAAGCGCUGAUCCUUGUCACAAAAAUCCGAAAAAAAAGGAAAUCGAAUCGAUUGGAAGUGGAAAAGUAUUGGAUGACUUAUAAUUUAAAACAAAGAAGAAGAAGAAGACGAGUUGUUUUUCACGCGAUGAAGAAAAGUCAAACGACAGUCACUACUAACCAGUAA